GACAGUGACCUUUUAGUGUACGCACGUGUUUGUUGAAUACAAAAAAACAAAACGUGGUUUUACUACUAAAAUUUUGAACGAUAUCGAAUUAGAGUUUUAAAUUUAAAUGAGUAAAAUGGACCUGAAUAAUAGUGACAGUGAUGGCAGUGGUGGUGAUUGGGAUGAACUGAAUGAAGAUGAAUUGGUAAAUGUCAGUUGUUUAUUUUGCAGUGAUGAAUUUCGGGGUUAUGAUGAGGCUUUGAAUCACCUCAAGUUACACCAUCUAUUCGAUAUGCCAAAAUUAAUAAAGGAUUAUCAGCUAGAUGAUUAUUCUUUCAGAAAAUUUAUUAACUUUGUCAGACGGCAUAAAUUAAUGCCAAAUGAUAUUGGGUCAGUUAAAAAUGAUGCAUGGAAUAAUGACGAAUAUCUAACGCCGAUUAUUCCAGAUGAUGCCUGGUUGAUGUUCGAUAUUGAAGAAUUGGACGACAACUUAACGAACCAACGUACAAUUGACGUGAUUGAAGAAGUCAAUGAGCCCAAUACGUCAAGAAAGAGUGAAAAAUUGAACUCCUAUCCAGUUAAUGCUGAAAAUGGCUGUGUUACAUUAUCAGAACAACAUUUUGUUGAGUUACAAAAAACUAUAAAAGAAUUGAAGUCGCAAAUUAAGCAGCGCGAAGCAGCGUAUUAUUUUGCCAAAGAGCAAAUCGAGGAGAUGCAAAAAAAAAUACAAAAUAUCAUUAUUGAUGAUGAUGUAGACACACCCAAAAGACAAUUGAAUAAUAAGGGAGUUAUUAAUGACGAGGGUUACUUUAAUACUUACAGUCAUUUUGCAAUUCAUCACGAAAUGUUAACGGAUACAGUACGAACGGAAAGUUAUCGUGAUGCACUUUUAACAAAUUCUCAUUUGUUUAAUAAUUGUACUAUGCUAGAUGUCGGUUGUGGCACUGGUAUUUUAUCAAUGUUUGCUGCUAAAUCAGGAUGUAAAAAGAUAAUUAGUGUCGAUCAAUCCGAUGUUAUUUAUCAUGCAAUGGACAUUGUCAGAGAAAAUAAUUUAAGUGACAUCAUUGAAUUAAAAAAAGGACGACUAGAAGAUAUUGAUCUUGGGGUUGAUAAAGUCGAUGCCAUUGUAUCAGAAUGGAUGGGAUAUUUUCUAUUAUUCGAAGGAAUGUUAGAUACAGUAAUAUACGCACGUGAUCAUCAUUUAAAACCCGGUGGUAAAUUGUUACCCAAUCGUUGCACAUUAAGUAUCGUGGGAAGUGGUGAUACAAAACGUUACAUUGAUCUCGUAGAUUACUGGUCAAAUGUCUACGGCUUUAAAAUGAGUUGUAUGAAAGCCAAAGUUGUAAAAGAACCAAGCAUAGAAAUUUGUAAUGUUAAUGACAUCGUUACAAAUGUUGCUUUGAUUCAAGACUUUGAUCUUUAUACAGUUGAUACUAAUUAUAUGAAUUUCACUGCACCGUUUUCAUUUACUGUGAAAAAAACGGGCUCACUGACGGCCAUCGUUGGCUAUUUUGAUACGUUCUUUGAUCUUGAGAAUCCGAUAAAAUUCAGCACAGGGCCGCAUAGUCAGCCAACUCAUUGGAAACAAACAGUUUUUUCCCUCAGUGAACCAAUCAGCAUUACCGAAGAUGAAAUAAUCGAAGGAAAAUUAAUUUGUCAGCGACAUCCGAAAGAUAAUCGUGCGUUGAUAAUAACUAUUACAAUUAAAAACCAUAGUCAAGUAUAUUAUCUUGAUUAGAUAUAUAUACAUUUAAUAUACAACUGCCUGAAUAUUAAAUAGGAUUCAAUUUUUCAAAUAUAAUAAUCCCAUUAAUUGUUAUGCCUUAUUGUUAUUGAGCUUCCUUUUUGACAAUCAAUCAACCAAUUAAAUUGUUAUAAAUACUCCAUUGAAACAAUUAAAUAAGCGUAAUUUUUCCAAUUUGUUUGAGGUUAAGCACAAUUUUUAUAGCCUUGUAAAUUUUACGCUGCACUGAGAAAAAAUUUUUAGGUUCAAGUAAAUGCAUUUACUUGAAUAAUAUUUUAUUAGAUUAAGCAAGCAUUUGAGCCAAAUGUCCCUGUUUAUAAAAUCUCAUAGAAUCCAUUAGAUUCUCAUAAAUUCUUAUAGAAGUUUGAUAAGAAUGAAUGAGUUCUAUGAGAAGUGCUAUAGUUAAGUAUAGGGCCUUAUACAUACAGCUAUAAGAAUCUAUCGGAUUUUUUAAGCAGGGGUAUGUCUGUUCAAGUAUAAAAAUUUUUACUAGAUUAAAUAAAAUGUAUCAUUGCCAAUAUAUAUAUAUAGGAUAUUUACUUGCAUACGAAUUAUUUUUCUCAGUCUAAUAAUAAAUCAUUGUAUUUUUAAUAAAAUAGUUUUACAUUUAAAUAUUUAGUAGGUAUCAAUUACAAUAAUUGAAAGUAUAUGAAUAAGUAAGAUCUUCAGAACGUCUUAUGAAAAUAGUUUUUUUUCUUCUUAAUUAUACAAUCUAUACUAUUUCUUAUCACAUAAAUUAGGGUUUUACUUAAAUUACGUAACGCAUUUAGGAUCACUGAUCCCUACUCUUUUUAUGUAACAGAUCGUAUUAAAUAUCCCCCCUUUUACACGGAAAAAAAUAUUGUUUCUUGAACUAUCUAAAGUAUAGCGACUCGUAGAUCGUAACCACAAUAAUACGUAUACUUAUGGUAACGAUACCGUAUUGUUACUGUAACUAUCUAUCGUAUAGCUGCGAGACCUACACGACUUUUUAUAGUUGCCAGGUCACAUGGCGGUGUCUAACCUCACAUUUAUUUUCGCGCCAAGUGCGAUAAGUUUAAUUGCUGCUAGACGUUUAAUUAAAAAAAUCAAUUUAAAAAAAAACUAGUCAAAUUUAGAGAUAAAUUAUAUAUACAUGUAUAAUAACCUCCAAAAUUAAAAGAUAUAUUGAAUUUUAUAUAUAACCUUUAUGUAGACUAUAACUAGUAAAUAAGUUUUAUAAAUUAUUUUUGUUUUAUAAAAAUUAUUUAUUUAUUAAUGAUAAACAUUAUAAAAUAUGUCAUAUAAUUUGCAACAUGCAGGACUACAGAAAGGUCUCACAGCAAUACGUAUAGUUCUCAUAACGAUACCGUGUUGCUCUCAGAGCCAUCUGGCGUAUUGUUGUCAUAGCGAUAUAGUAAAUCGUUACAGUAACAAUCUAGUGUAUAGGUUAUGCGUAUUGUUUCUGUGACUAUACAAUAUACUUCUGAGCGCUAUAUUUUUUCCGUGUAAUUGUAAAAUCAAUUACAUUUAAUUAUAGGCGAAUUAUGCUACGCUAAUUUUAAUUAAAAAUUUUUCUUAAUUAUCAAGUUUUGUAAUUAUUUCAGUAAAUUAAGUACAGACAUGAAAAACGUCCUCUUACGUAAUUGAAGUACGACCUAGUAAUAAAAUUUAUUUGCAUUUAUAUCUUAAAGAUCUUGUUUCCUGUAUACUAAGUGUUAAAUAAUUGAGCUCGAUUUUGAAUUAUUAAAUUCUUGCAUUUAAGUAACACCAAAAUAGGCUUUGUUUAAAUGUAAUAAGUACAUGAAGUGUAAUUUAAAUAAACAAUUAAGUAAUAUAAAAAUUAGUUUAUCAAUAGUGUUAAUUGUUAUUUCUUGGGUUCAUUUUUUAACGACGGAAAUUAGGAUUGUCUGUUUGCCAACCUUUGGCAUUAGGACCAAAUUGAUAAACAAGUCGACGUCCUAACACAGGUUGAAAUAUUUUACUCUUGUAAUAGUAUCUAAAAUAAAAAAACAAUAUGAAAUAUAAUAA